AAAUAUGAAGUAAUAAUCUUUGGGGUAAUUUCGAGCAUUACUAGAACUUCUGUCUCUUAUUUUCUCCUUAAAACCAUAUAAUUUUAACAAAAUUUCGAAGCUUGUUACUCAAAAUGAUCAUUUCUCACAUUAUGACGAGUUCAGAAAUCAAUACCCCUAAAUUUUUAAUUCAGAAACCAAAACUUCAUUAAACCAAAAUUUGAAGACGAAUAUCGAAUUUUCUCUUUACUAUUCUCUCUCCCCUCCUCUCUUUCUAUAUAAAGGCUAUUUUCUUAUUUCUCUAUCCCAUCUCUCUCAUCUCUUUCUUGAGUUUCUGAGUCUCUGGAAGACCUCUGAGUUGGGUUUGUAUUUUGGAAUUUUGAUAUGGAGAGCCAGUACAUUGGGAGCACUAGUGGGAUGGAACAGCAGAAGGAAGUGAAGAUAGCAAACCAAAGAGGAGGUGUGACACGUGAGUCGAUUCUGAGGAUUUUGGCCUUGGUGCUAACUCUUACGGCUUCUAUUGUCCUUGGAGUCGGUAAGCAAACCGAAAUUGUAUCGAUAAAGCUCAUCCCAACCUUGCCUCCUAUUGAUGUUCCUGCUACGGCUAAGUGGCAUUACUUAUCUGCUUUUGUGUACCUUGUGGUAGCAGAUGCCAUAGCAUGCACAUAUGCAGCAUUUUCCCUAGUCCUUUCUUUUGCGAAUCGGGGCACGAAGAAUAAGUUAGGGCUGGUGAUCAUCGUGCUCGAUCUGUCAAUGGUGGCGUUGCUCUUUUCCGCCAUUGGAUCUGCCGGGGCAAUUGGCCUAAUGGGGUAUCAAGGGAAUACACAUGUGCAGUGGAACAAGGUCUGCAACGUUUUCGGAAAAUUCUGCCACCAAGUCGCAGCCUCCACCGCUCUGUCCUUCCUUGGAUCUUUGGCAUUCUUCUUCCUAGUUGUGCUUGCUGUUCUAGGCCAUAGCAGGAGGUCUAUGUAGAAUAAUCGUCUGCUCGGAACCCUCUAAUUUACAAUGCCUGUAGAAGUAGAACGUAAUUUUUAUUGUUCAUGUUGUCAAGUACGUACUAGCUAGUUUGGGGUGUGUGUGCACGCAUAAUAAUGUAAUUCGAUUCCAUCUUUACUACUCCAUAUAAUUUA